CCAACAACAAACUCACCAACCAAAUUCAAGAAAGAAGGUCUAAAGAGAAGGAAGGUGGGUAAGUUGUGUGUCUGUACCUAAACAACAAACUCACCAACCAAAUUCAAGAAAGAAGGUCUAAAGAGGAAGGAAGGAAAUGGCGUCGUCUCUACUUACCAAACAGUUCGUCGGAGCUCCGUUUUCAAGCGUCGGAUCCGUCCAGCUACCAUCUAAGCUCUCCUCUUCCAAUCUCUAUAUCCCAACUCACCGAUCACAGCCCAAACGACUAGAAAUACAGGCUGCUGGUAGUACAUUUGGAAAUCAUUUCCGCGUCACAACUUUUGGAGAAUCUCACGGUGGUGGUGUUGGUUGUAUAAUUGAUGGAUGUCCCCCUCGACUCCCACUCUCAGAGUCAGAUAUGCAAGUGGAACUUGACAGGAGGAGGCCAGGUCAAAGCCGAAUUACCACACCAAGAAAAGAAACUGAUACUUGCAAAAUAUCAUCUGGCACUGCCGAUGGUUUGACUACGGGAUCUCCAAUCAAAGUUGAAGUACCCAACACUGACCAGAGAGGAAAUGACUAUAGUGAAAUGUCCCUUGCUUAUAGGCCAUCUCAUGCUGAUGCAACUUAUGACUUCAAGUAUGGAGUUAGAUCAGUGCAGGGGGGUGGUAGAUCUUCAGCAAGAGAAACCAUCGGGAGAGUCGCUGCUGGAGCUGUUGCCAAGAAAAUUCUCAAACUUUAUUCUGGAACUGAGAUCCUUGCUUAUGUUUCACAAGUUCAUAAUGUUGUACUUCCAGAGGAUUUGGUUGAUAACCAGACUGUGACACUAGAGCAGAUUGAAAGCAAUAUUGUUCGUUGCCCGAACCCUGAAUAUGCAGAAAAGAUGAUUACUGCCAUUGAUUAUGUACGAGUGAGGGGGGAUUCUGUUGGUGGUGUCGUAACUUGCAUUGUUAGAAAUGUUCCACGAGGUCUUGGUACACCAGUCUUUGAUAAACUUGAAGCUGAGCUGGCUAAAGCUUGCAUGUCAUUACCGGCAACAAAGGGUUUUGAGUUUGGAAGUGGCUUUGCAGGUACAUUCAUGACUGGCAGUGAGCACAAUGAUGAGUUCUUUAUGGAUGAACAUGACCAAAUCAGGACAAAAACCAAUAGAUCUGGCGGUAUCCAGGGAGGCAUAUCAAAUGGAGAAAUUAUUAAUAUGAGAAUAGCUUUCAAGCCAACUUCUACAAUUGCAAGGAAGCAACACACUGUUAGUAGGGAUAAACAUGAGACCGAACUCAUUGCUCGUGGUCGCCAUGAUCCUUGUGUAGUUCCACGAGCUGUUCCGAUGGUGGAAGCAAUGGUCGCUCUGGUGCUGGUGGAUCAAUUGAUGACUCAAUAUGCACAAUGUAUGCUGUUCCCAGUCAAUCCGGCACUACAGGAACCUUUGCAGUCAUCGACAACCGGGUCAGCUCAGGUUCCCCUUUAAAAGGAGCCGAGCAGCGCAUGCGUACCCCCAUAACUACUUCUCCCUACAUGGCUUCUCACAUUUCUGUCAUACUAAUACUUCUGGAGAGUGUAAAUUUUUGUUAAAAGAAGUUAUCCUCGACGCCUUAAGAGUUAUAUUGUUGAACAGAGAUAUGCUUAUAGCUUUUGUUGCCGGAGCCAUCUCCAGCUUGUUGCUUGGACACUUCAAAAAUGCCAUUGGCUGUGUUUUUUGUAUCCUCCAAAAGUAGUGCAUUUUUGAAGGAUCCAUCACAGAUACGACAAUAUUUUGGAGAGUCCGAGCAGCAUAGCUUACCAAUAUAUGGAGAGCUGGGUGCAUCUUAAAAAUACGCGAAAUUGUGACAUUUUCAUAAACUCAUGUUGUACUCACAUAAGAUUGUUAGCAGUGUAAUCUGUAUAAUAUAAGCAUUUACGAUUUUAUUAAAUUUGUGAAAUAAAUUUGCCUUUUUUUUUUGGGGGGGGGGACUAUAUAACGAUGAAUGUACAAGUAACAACAUUGCUAUUUGCUACUCUAGCAAGUCCUCAUUGAUACCAAUGAAUUGUUUACUUCAA